UAUAUAUUUAUGGUCAGGGAAGGAGAAAAGCCGAUUGAAGUUUUUAGGGACAGAGUUGAAGCAUGGCAGUGGGGCUGGCAAUUGCAAGCAAUGGAAGAGGAUACAGUGGGAAGAUGACUUCUACUGUCAUUCUAUCUUGUAUGGUUGCUGCUACUGGAGGCAUAAUCUUCGGUUAUGAUAUUGGCAUUUCAGGUGGGGUAACAUCGAUGGGGCCAUUCUUGGACAAGUUUUUCCCAGAUGUAUACACCAAGAUGAAGCAAGACACCAACGUUAGCAACUACUGCAAGUUUGAUAGCCAGCUCCUAACAACAUUCACUUCAUCACUCUACAUAGCUGGCCUGGUGACAUCCUUCUUUGCCUCAUCAGUCACAAGAGCCUUUGGGCGCAAACCAUCAAUGCUUGCAGGUGGUGUUGCAUUCCUCAUUGGAGCAGCUCUUGGUGGCGCAGCUCUCAAUAUAUACAUGCUAAUACUUGGUCGAAUUCUACUUGGAGUUGGAAUUGGCUUUUCUAAUCAGUCAGUCCCAUUAUAUCUCUCUGAAAUGGCACCCACAAGAUACAGAGGAGCAAUCAACAAUGGAUUCCAAUUUUGUGUUGGCAUAGGUGCUCUAUCAGCUAACCUGAUUAACUAUGGCACAGAAAAGAUCAAAGAUGGUUGGGGCUGGAGAAUUUCUUUGGGCAUGGCAGCAGUUCCAGCCUCAAUGCUCACUCUGGGAGCAUUUUUCCUCCCAGAAACACCCAACAGCAUAAUCCAGAACAGCAAAGACCAUCACAAGGCUAAGCUAAUGUUGCAACGCAUUAGAGGCACCCAUGAUGUCCAACCAGAACUUGAUGACCUAAUUGAAGCAAGCAACAUAUCAAGUUCUAUCAAACACCCAUUUAAGAACAUCUUAAAGAGAAAGUAUAGGCCUCAACUUGUCAUGGCAAUAGCUAUACCAAUUUUUCAACAAUUCACUGGAAUUAAUGUCAUUGCCUUCUAUGCUCCAAUCCUCUUUCUAACCAUCGGAUUGGGCGAAAGCGCUUCGCUUCUUUCUGCAGUUAUGACUGGGGUUGUAGGUACUGCUUCAACAUUCAUAUCAAUGCUCAUAGUUGAUAAACUAGGCAGACGAGCUCUGUUCAUAUCUGGGGGCAUUCAGAUGCUCUUCUCACAAAUUAUAAUAGGAAGUAUUAUGGCAGCUCAACUUGGUGACCAUGGUGAAAUAAGCAAGCAAUAUGCAUAUUUGAUUCUGGUUUUAAUAUGCAUAUAUGUUGCUGGAUUUGGCUGGUCAUGGGGGCCACUAGGAUGGUUGGUUCCUAGUGAAAUUUUCCCACUCGAAAUUCGAUCAGCAGGACAAAGUAUUACAGUUGCAGUGAACUUUUUAUUUACUUUCAUUGUUGCCCAAACUUUUCUUAGUAUGCUUUGUCAUUUCAAGUAUGGCACUUUCUUCUUUUUUGGGGGUUGGGUGGCUGUGAUGACAGCAUUUGUUUACUUGCUGUUACCCGAGACCAAAAAUGUGCCAAUUGAGCAAAUGGAUAAGGUGUGGAAAGAACAUUAUUUUUGGAAGAGAUUUGUGGAAGACGAAAGCAAAGGCAGAAAGAUAGGGGUACCUUGAUGUAUAUCAUUCCACAAGUUAUAUUUAUCUGGUACUUACUGUCAGAAAUAUAAUAUAAAAUUAUUUGUAGAUCUUCAUCCUAAAACUUGGACUUUUAGGAUAGUUGAUUCAUGACAUCAUAUUAAAGCCUCUAUAUCAAAUAAAAUAGAGUUCCAUCA